AUGCGCCAAGAAGCUGGGAUAGAUGCUUCCUCUUCCAGUCUUCCAGCCCGCCGGCCUGCGCUACUGCAUCCCCGGCCAAUCACCGCCGCCGCACUCGCUGGUGGGCGAUGCGCUGCGAGGGCCGCCUGCGUGCAGCGACUCGCCCUGGCCGGCUGGCGGGCAAUGAGCAAUGGGGCUGCAGCGGUCAACCGUCGCAUCCAGUCAACGGGCGGCCAGCCAGGGGAUGCUAGGUGGGGGGAGGGGUGGCUCGCCGGUUGUUGCGCACUAUGCUGUGCGUGUUUAGUCGAUGGACAGGAGCAUGUGUGCGUGUGCGUGUGCGUGUGUGAGAGAAUGUGUGUGGUGUGCAUCGACAAGACCCAGGCGCCGCUCGUUCUCUUUGUGGAGCCAGCGAACCACGCUGUCGGUAGCCAAUCACACGGCCCCAAUAACCGGCCCGUAUCGAAUUGGCUGGGGCGGGCCGAUGAGACGAGACACGCACUCGACCUGGGCGGCUGGCCCGGCGACGACGAGCUUGCCGACGGCGGCAGCACACUGAAAGUGCUAGUACUACAUGUAGCAUCCAUCUCGACGCGAAUAUUCAAAUACACUACACACUCGGAUACUAUCUAG